GACCUUGAUGGCGCUAAGGUCAAAUUUUCCGCGGUAUCUCAUCUCAUGGCGUUUAUUCCCGCCAUUCGUGGAAUAUUCCACAAAAGCAAGGGUAUGUUGCUCUGUUCACUGCUUUUAAAGUUAACCUAUACAGAAACUGAAAAUGCGACCACUCUCAGCUGAGGAACGUGAUAGUCUUCUUUCUCCUCUGCUUCAACCACAUUCGUGGCAGACCUACUCAGAACAUAGAUCCGGAGAUGCAAUACGGCGUUCGCUUACUUUCAAAAACUUUGAUGAUGCAUUCGAAUUCAUGAAGGACGUUGCCGUGAAGGCUAGAGAAAUGAACCAUCAUCCAGAGUGGUUUAACGUGUACAAUAAGGUAGACGUCAUAUUGACGACGCAUGAUGCCGGUGGUCUCUCUAAAAGAGAUAUUGAGCUAGCGACGUUCAUAAACGAAGCCGCCACAAAACAUGGAGUGAAACAACCCUAGUGUUUUCACUGAGUUUGAACCGUUGAUGAAGGUGAUAUUUUUUCACGAUCAGAUCAGAAUGUUUGUUAUCCGGGUGGUUAAUGCCAUUUGCGUUGUCUAUGUUCUUUGUGCACCGGAACUGCCUGUCUUGAAUCCAACUAGUAUUUUUGAGAAAACUUUGCUUUAUUUCAAAAAUUUCUAUUCCAAUCAAACGUGCACUUCUCAGCAAGUAGAUUUUUCUAUUUUCUCAUACUAAAAAAAGGAUACGUCCUCACAGCGACUGUGUUUAUUUGCAAUGAUCUCUUCAAUCAAUUUUGCCGAUGAGGACUAUUCCAGUUCUACGAAUUCUGAUUAUUCGCGCAUGGUAGUCCACGACGUGCUGUACAUCCCAUAGAAUGUUGACGAAAACUGUCAAUGGAUUUUUAUUUGGAGCUGAAUCUGAGUGAGCGGCCGGACAUUGUGCCAGAGCUCUGAAUAACUAAUCUCCAUAGUGCGUAAUGCAUCCCAUAAAUGAUCUGUGUCCGUCAGAUCCCUUUACGCCGUGAUGACGGUCGCUUAGGUCCAUCACGUUCCGUUUCCGUGAAUCCCACAGCAGGUCUGUCCUAAACUGUUACAUCCGCUCGUACUUGUCUUGAAUACAGUCUCGGUCGGGUCAAUUGUCAUAUCCUGCUUGUUUGCUGAAUUAUUGGGCUUGAAGAGCGGAUUCACCUUUAGAG